AUGAACUGGUUGCCCCAUCUGAGGUACCUGCUUCUGGGACUGCAACUAGCUCUGCUCCCCACCUGGGGCAAAGAAGUGGUGCUGGGGAAGGAAGGCGAAUCGGUGGAGCUGUCCUGUAAAACUUCAAAGUUUGCGUUUUUCACCUGGAAGCUCCAGUCCUCGCAGCCGAUGCUCGUUCUGAAAAACUUAAACAACAAUAUCCCCCUCAAAGGUAAGUUGGAUCUGGAAGAUCGUGUGGAUUCCAAAAGAACGCAGUGGAACACUGGAUCCUUUCCUUUGAUCAUCAACAAACUUGAACUGAAGGACAAAGGGACAUAUGUCUGUGAAGUGGAGGGUAAAAUAGUAACAGAGGUGGAUCUGCAGGUAUUCGCAGUCGGCCAGGGCUCUUCAAUACAAUGGCAGCGCCCAGGAUCCCAGCGCACACAGCCUGGAGGCUCUACUUUCUCGGUGAACCAACUGCAGGCUGAGGACAGUGGCAUCUGGACAUGCAUCUUCUCCCAGGACCAGAAGACUCUGAAGUUCCACCAAAAUAUUCUGGUGAAGGGUUUCAAGAGGGGUCCUCGCACAGUGUAUGCCUUAGAAGGGAAGCAGGCAUUCUUCUCCUUCCCCUUGAACUUUGAAGUUGAAGAUCUGAAUGGGGAGCUAAGAUGGCAGAGCAUGGGGACCAACUCGCCCCAGCCCUGGGUCUCCUUCUCCGUGAAGAAAAAGAAGGUGUCUCUUCAAGGAAAACCCCACGGGCCCAAGAUCACUCUGAAGGAGUCACUUCCUCUGAACUUCACCCUGCCCCAAGCUUUAGCCCCCUUUGCGGGUACGGGGAACCUCAGCCUGCGUCUCCCCCAAGUGGUGCUAAGUCGGGAAGUGAAGCUGGUGGUGAUGAGAGUGACUCAGUCCCAGCACAAUAUGACCUGUGAAGUGAAGGGACCAAUCUCUGAUUCUCUGGUGUUGAGCCUGCUAUGGAGGAACCAGACGAAGGUGUCGGGCUUGAAGCAGCAGAGGCUGGUGGAAGUGCAGGACCCUGAGGCGGGGACCUGGCAGUGUGAGCUAAGGGACCAGACCCAGCUCCUGCUGACAUCAAAGGUGGAGGUCUCUCCUAAAGGCACAAAGAUAUCUAUGUUCAUGACCACGAUGCUGGUGGGCAGUGGCCUGGGCUUCCUGCUUCUCAUUGGCUUCUGCAUUUUCUGCUCUGUCCGGCACCGCAGGCGCCAGACACAGCGGAUGUCUCAGAUUAAGAGACUCCUUAGUGAGAGGAAGACCUGCCAGUGCCCCCACCGGCUCCAGAAGACAUGUGGGCUCGUUUGACUCACCAGGCCAGGCACCGCUUCCCACUCGCACCUCCCAAGCUGUCUCCGCAGCCUUUCCGGUUUGGGCUCCUGAGCCUUUGGACCAGAUGAAUGUCACAGUCACACACUCCUCGGCCAUACUUUCUCUUGGG